AUGGAAAACCCCUUAAUCGAGACUUUCAGACUGGGAAAAAUAUUACAACUUUCUGUGUCUUCUGACGAAAAUGUUCAAAAAACUUUUGAAAGAGUUUUGCAUCAAUGGCAAAGUUGCUUAAGCACACGUGUCGUACAAUUGAUUUUGCCAACAGAAUGCAAUAAAGUCGUUAUUGGUAGCGGUAUCUCUUUCGGGAAUGUAAUUUGUAAUAAUGGUUUACUUCGACAAGAAGCGAUACUUAGCAUUCGGGAAAAUUCGUUCCCGUUUGACACUUCAGAGGUGGAAGCUUUCAAUAAAGCUUCGCUUAAAAUCAAGCUUGUUGCAAUGAGGGUCGCACAAUUUAUGGAUUCUAACAUAUCAACGGCUAAUGAUUUUUUUGACCUAUAUGUCGAAGAGUUGAAGUGGUGCGGUUAUAGUGAUUGCAUAGAUUUAUAUCAUAAACAAGAUUUUUUCACAUCACUUCUUUUGGGGAUUUCAUCUUUAGAGAGGAUAUUGGGUGAUAUAAUAUAUUCCAUUCGUAAUGGUUCAUUUAUUAUUCCAUCUCUUAUCCGCGAUCUUCUUAUUGCUCCACCACUUGUUCCCCUGCUAGGAGAAGAUAUUAUUUUUUUUUUACGUUGCUUAAUUGGGCCUCCAAGCUCAAUGAAUUUGAGAAAUAUUCUUUGGCAUGGUUUUGUUAGUCCUAACGAAUUUUUACCUAUUCCCGCUAAAUGGUACUCUGCCCUCAUUAUCGUAGUCACUCUAACUAUUUGUCACAGAGUAAGGCUCCGUGAUUUGAUAGAAUCAUUAAAGAAAAGGAAUGAUGCAAGUUUUGAAGGUUUUUUUCGUUUAUCUCAACCUAACAUUAUUGCGGAAAAUAUCACUACGAGUGAUGAGAUUAAUAAAAUUUUUGAUCAAGAAUACGAACGCAUUAUGUUUAGUCAAAUGCAAGAACAUUGGCUAGGUACUGUGGAAGUUGGUCAAUAUUUUUUAACCUUGGACAUUAUUUUGGAAGAAAAAGUUUCUUGGGCAUAUUAUGGUCUAGAAAAAGAAAUUAAGGACGAGGAGCCUAGAAAUCAGAUUUAUGAAGAGUUUGGGGGUGGUAUUAUGGAUCUUAUGCUUGAUCUUUUUAUUUAUAACGCUGGCCCUAGAUUAAGGGACCGUAUAGCACACGGAGAGGCAAACCACCUCGUAACGUCCACAAAAUCUGAUCCAUUAUACGAAUAUUAUAUUUGUCUUUUGGUCGUUUUGUGGAGUAGAUAUAAAUCUAAAGUACUCAUUGAGCAAGUUUCACCCUAUCCUCUUACUUUUGAGAGAGAGAGCGCUCGGUUGGUAACCAUUACUUGGAACUGUUGGAAAAUUGCCCAUAUUAUAGAACAAAAGGGCAGAUUUACAUUAGGUGAUUGGACAGAACUAAUGUUUAAAGAACAGGAAGAUAGCUUAUUUCAACAAAACUUUCUCAAGGCAAUUGCAAAAAUGGAAAGUAUAGGAGAUGUUUUGUAUCUAUCCUGCGAAAAGUUAAAUACAAUAAAAUUUAGGAGGUUCCGCAAUGGCAAAGAGUUUCAUUGGAGCCGUAUAAGUAUUACAAAAGAAUAUUUAAAAUUGAUAAAUCUAAAGCGUGUGGUGGUCAAGAAGGCUAUCUAUGGUGUUGAGAAACUUUGUGACAUUCUUAGGACCCUACAUUCUUCAACUUCUCUUUCUUCACGUAAACGCAAAAACACGCAGAAUCUCUUUACACUAUUUCCAUUAAUCAUGCAACAUCUAUACUAUUCAUUGUUUAUUCUUGACCAUGCCACUGAACAAAAAUUUAUGUUAGGUAUAUUGAUAUUCGUUGAAAGAUGGUGUAGCUUUUGUGCAGAAGGAGAAUGGAAGAAAAUAAAUGAAGCAUUUGAUGAAUUCAUUAAACUAAGCAGUGGUAAUGCUGAUGAAACUGAUGAAGCUAGUGAAAUUGGUAAUAAUAGUAAUACUGGUGAUACUAGUAAAACUGUUAAUAUUAGUAAAAUUAGUGAUACUUAUAAUACUAUCAAUACUAAUAUUUUCAAUUUAUAUAGUAAUGAUUUAUUAUAA